AUGAACGGGGCCACGCCGUCUCAGCGUCGGCCUGCACCCAGCCACCCCUCCCAGCCCAACCAUGUCGAGCACCGGGCCAGAAGACGCAUCCACUGGGCACCGCUCAACGUCGGCCUGGAGCGUCGCCUGCAGACCCUGAUCGUGCUCUGCCACACCCUCACGAUCGCCAUCUUCCUAACCUCCUUCUUCUUCACCUGCGCCAUUCCGCUAUUCUGGCCCCUUCUCGUGCCCUAUCUAGUCUACAUCUCUCUCUUCUCCACAGCAGCCACAUCAGGCGACCUGAAAGGCCGCAGUCCAUUCCUCCGCUCCCUUCCGAUCUGGCGUCUGUAUGCGAACUACUUCCCCGCCCGCCUGCAUCGCGAGGAACCCCUCCCGCCCACCAAGAAGUAUAUCUUCGGCUACCAUCCCCACGGCAUCAUCUCCCACGGCGCCUUCGCCGCUUUCGGAACGGAGGCGCUGGGCUUCUCGAAACUUUUCCCUGGCAUUACUAACACCCUGCUGACUCUGGACGCCAACUUCCGGAUCCCUUUUUACCGCGAGUAUGCGUUGGCUAUGGGGCUGGCCAGCGUGUCCCGCGAAUCCUGCGAGAAUAUCUUGACGAAAGGCGGCGAAGACGGCGAGGGCAUGGGCCGCGCUAUUACCAUUGUGAUCGGGGGCGCGAGAGAGUCUCUCAACGCGCAGCCGCAUAUGAUGCGCCUGAUACUGAAGGGUCGCAAGGGGUUCAUCAAGUUGGCGAUUCGGACAGGCGCCGACCUGGUGCCUGUGCUGGCGUUCGGCGAGAAUGAUAUCUACGAGCAAGUCCGUGGAGACCAGCAUCCCGUUAUCCAUAAGUUCCAGAUGCUGGUCAAGCAGACGCUGGGGUUCACCAUCCCGCUUUUCCAUGCGCGCGGGGUCUUCAACUACGACGUCGGCCUGAUGCCUUACCGCCGGCCGCUGAAUAUCGUCAUCGGGCGGCCUAUCCAGGUCAUGCAGCAGGCGAACCGGGAUAAGAUCGAUGAUCAGUACAUUGACCAGCUUCAUUCACGGUAUGUACAGGAGUUGCAGCGGCUCUGGGAUCGGUGGAAGGAUGUCUUCGCCACCGAGAGGAAGACCGAGCUGGAGAUCGUAGCGUGA